AUGGGAAAGAAAAAAAAGGUGGAAAAGUCGACUUCGUUUUCGACUAUGACCAUCAAUUUCGAAGAGCUAGCAGAAAACGAGGAGUGGCAGUCGAUGAAUCAGCUCCUGCAGAAGAUGACUGACAGCCGUGUUGCCUUUGAAGAACAACAGAAAGAGGAAAAGGCGGCCCAGAAAGCAGCUCGGAAGGCUCGGCAGAAGGCCCGGCUGGCCAAGAAACCAGGUGGUGUUCCCCUUUCAGGUCCCUUUCGGAGACCCUGUGGUGUGCCUCAGGAGCUUGGAGCCUUCAAGAGAUUGCCCGUGCAGUACUUGGAACCAAAGGAUGCUGCCAUGAUGGAUCGCCCAGAUCGGUGCAGAUGGUAUAGCAAGGAGAAUCAUCCUGCCUUCAUGAUUCCUGGGCAAGUGCUCCUUUGA